CCUCCUGAAUGAUGCCAGCCCAAUGUUCCCUAGCCUCCAGCCUGGCCCUCCUGCUGCUGUUGGGCGCAGUCCGAGCAGGCCCUUUCUCUCCACGCUCCAAUAUGACACUUCCAGCCCCUCGGCCCCCUCCUCAGCCAGGGGGCCGCACAGCGGAGCCAAGAGGGGGGAACCCCUCUUCUCAGCUUUACGAGCACAUCGUAGAAGGAGGGGAAAAGCAGGUGGUGUUCACCCACCGCAUUAACCUGCCCCCUUCAGCUGGCUGUGGCUGUCCCCCAGGCACUGAGCCCCCGGUCCCUGCUUCAGAGGUGCAGGCCUUGAGGGUCCGGCUAGAGAUCCUGGAGGAGUUGGUGAAGGGGCUCAAGGAACAGUGCACUGGGGGAUGCUGUCCUGCUGCUGCCCAGGCUGGCACAGGCCAGACAGACGUUCGUAGCCUCUGCAGCCUCCACGGUGUGUUUGACUUGAACCGCUGCGCCUGCUCCUGCGAGCCUGGCUGGGGUGGGCCCACUUGCUCCGACCCUAUGGACUCCCGAGUGUCCCCUUCCUCCCCACCCUCUGCUUCCGGGUCCUGCCCAGAUGACUGCAACGACCAGGGGCGCUGUGUCCGUGGUCGCUGCGUGUGCUUCUCUGGCUACACGGGCCCCAGCUGUGGCUGGCCCUCCUGCCCCGGGGACUGCCACGGCCACGGGCGCUGCUGUGUAUGCGUGGAGGGCUUCCGAGGCCCCGACUGCGCCAUCCAGACGUGCCCAGGGGACUGCCGGGGCCGCGGAGAGUGCCGCGAGGGCAGCUGCGUCUGCCUGGAGGGCUAUGCGGGGGAGGACUGCGGGGAAGAGGUGCCAGCCAUUGAGGGCAUGAGGAUGCAUCUCCUGGAGGAGACGACGGUUCGGACAGAGUGGACCCGGGCUCCGGGCCCGGUGGAUGCCUAUGAGAUUCAGUUCAUCCCCACGCCAGAGGGCGCGAGCCCGCCGUUCACUGCGCGGGUGCCCAGCUCUGCCUCCGCCUAUGACCAGAGAGGACUGGCCCCCGGGCAGGAGUACCAGGUCACUGUCCGCGCCCUUCGAGGGACCAACUGGGGCCCUCCUGCCUCCAAGACCAUCACCACCAUGAUCGAUGGCCCCCAGGACCUCCGGGUGGUGGCCGUGACGCCAACCACACUGGAGCUCAGCUGGCUGCGCCCCCAGGCCGAGGUGGACCGAUUCGUGGUGUCCUACGUCAGUGCUGGCAACCAGAGGGUGCGGCUGGAAGUGCCCGCCGAGGCGGACGGGACACUGCUGACUGACCUGAUGCCAGGCGUGGAGUACGUGGUGACCGUCACCGCGGAGCGGGGCCGGGCAGUGAGCUACCCGGCCUCUGUCAGGGCCAACACAGGGUCCUCCCCUUCCGGCCUCUUGGGGGCCACUGAUGAGCCUCCUCCCUCAGGCCCUUCAACAACUCAAGGAGCCCAGGCGCCCGGCCUGCAGCAGCGCCCCCAGGAGCUGGGGGAGUUGAGAGUGCUGGGCAGAGACGAGACAGGGCGCCUCCGCGUGGCCUGGAUGGCCCAGCCUGACACCUUUGCCCACUUCCAGCUGCGCCUCCGGGUGCCCAAUGGGCCAGGGUCGCAUGACCAACUCCUGCCCGGGGAUGUCCGCCAGGCACUGCUGCCCUCACCCCCUCCUGGAGCCCCCUAUGAGCUGUCACUUCGUGGGGUCCCCCCUGAGGGCGAGCCCUCUGCCCCUCUCAUCUACCAAGGCAUUAUGGACAGCGACGGGGAAAAGCCCGGGAAGCCCUUGGCCCCACCGCGCCUGGGCGAGCUGACAGUGACCGACGUGACCUCCAGCUCCCUGCUCCUGCACUGGACGGUCCCGGAGGGCGAGUUCGACUCCUUCGUGAUCCAGUACAAAGACAGGGACCAGCCCCGGGUGGUGCCUGUGGAGGGGCCCCAGCGCUCGGCCCUCAUCGCCAACUUGGACGUGGGCCGCAAGUACAAAUUCCUCCUGUACGGCUUUGUGGGCAAGAAGAGGCACGGCCCCCUGGUGGCUGAAGCCAAGAUCUUGCCUCGGAGCGAUCCCAGCCCAGAGACCCUGCCCCGCCUGGGCACGCUGUGGGUGACGGAGCCCACCCCACACUCGCUGCGCCUCUCCUGGACGGUCCCCGAGGGCCACUUCGACUCCUUCGUGGUUCAGUACAGGGACAGGGAUGGGCGGCCCCAGGUGGUGCCCGUGGAAGGGCCGGAGCGCUCCGUCACUGUCUCCCCCCUGGAUGCCGACCACAAGUACAGAUUCACUCUGUUUGGGGUUGCCAACAAGAAGCGGCACGGCCCCCUCUCAGCUGAGGGCACCACUGCCCCAGAGAGGACAGAGGAGCCCCGCCCAGAGCCCCCUGAGCAGCCGCUGCUGGGGGAGCUGACAGUGACUGGCGCCACCCCAGACGCCCUGCGCCUGUCCUGGACCGUGGCCCGGGGCCGCUUCUCCUCCUUCGUGAUCCAGUACAAGGAUGCACAGGGGCAGCCCCGGGCAGUGCCUGUCAAGGGAGAGGAGAGCACGGCCACCAUCGCUGGCCUGGAACCCGGCCGGAAGUAUAAAAUGACCCUCUACGGCCUCCAUGGCCGGCAGCGUGUGGGGCCUGUGUCUGUGGUGGCCACCACGGCCGCCCAGGAGGUAGUGGAGGAGACCCCGAGCUCCACAGAACCCAGCACGGAGGCCCCACAGCCUCCCGAGGAGCCCCUGCUGGGGGAGCUGACCGUGACGGGAUCCUCCCCGGACUCGCUGAGCCUCUCCUGGACCGUCCCCCAGGGCCAGUUUGACCACUUCCUGGUCCAGUACAAGAACGGGGACGGGCAGCCCAAGGCGGUCCGGGUGCCGGGACACGAGGACGGGGUCACCAUCUCGGGCCUGGAGCCGGACCACAAGUACAAGAUGCACCUGUAUGGCUUCCACGACGGCCAGCGCCAGGGCCCCGCCUCUGCCACCGGGGUGACAGCUCCCGACUACGAAGCUGUGACCACCCAAGUCCCACCCACCACGACCCCUGAGCCCCGCGUGAAGCCCCUGCUGGGGGAGCUGACCGUGACGGGAUCCUCCCCGGACUCGCUGAGCCUCUCCUGGACCGUCCCCCAGGGCCAGUUUGACCACUUCCUGGUCCAGUACAAGAACGGGGACGGGCAGCCCAAGGCGGUCCGGGUGCCGGGACACGAGGACGGGGUCACCAUCUCGGGCCUGGAGCCGGACCACAAGUACAAGAUGCACCUGUAUGGCUUCCACGACGGCCAGCGCCAGGGCCCCGCCUCUGCCACCGGGGUGACAGCUGCAGAGGAGGAGACCCCCAGCCCCGCAGAACCCAGCACGGAGGCCCCCGAGCCCCCCGAGGAGCCCCUGCUGGGGGAGCUGACAGUGACGGGAUCCUCCCCGGACUCGCUGAGCCUGUCCUGGACCGUCCCCCGGGGCCACUUCGACGCCUUCACCGUCCAGUACAAGGACAGGGACGGGCGGCCCCAGGUGGUGCGUGUCGGGGGUGAGGAGAGCGAGGUCACCGUGCGGGGCCUGGAGCCGGGGCGCAAGUACAAGAUGCACCUGUACGGCCUGCACGGGGGGCGGCGCGUGGGCCCCGCGUCCACCCUGGGCCUGACCGCUCCACCACCGGGAGCCGCUCCUGCAGCCACCGAGCCGCCCGUGGGGCCGCGCCUGGGGGAGCUGACUCUUUACAGGGAUGACCAGGGCUCGGGAGGAGACCCGGACAUGUCCAUGGAGCCUGCCUCACCCGCCCUGUGUCUGUGCUUCUCAGCUGCAGAGGAGGAGACCCCCAGCCCCGCAGAACCCAGCACGGAGGCCCCCGAGCCCCCCGAGGAGCCCCUGCUGGGGGAGCUGACAGUGACGGGAUCCUCCGAGGACAGCGAUGGGCAGCUCCAGGUGGUGCCUGUGGCCGCAGACCAGCGUGAGGCCACCGUCCCCGGCCUGGAGCCCGCUCGCGGGUACAGGAUGCUCGUCUAUGGGCUCCACGGCGGGCAGCGCCUGGGCCCGCUCUCUGUGGGAGCUGUGACAGCUGCAGAGGAGGAGACCCCCAGCCCCGCAGAACCCAGCACGGAGGCCCCCGAGCCCCCCGAGGAGCCCCUGCUGGGGGAGCUGACAGUGACGGGAUCCUCCCCGGACUCGCUGAGCCUGUCCUGGACCGUCCCCCGGGGCCACUUCGACGCCUUCACCGUCCAGUACAAGGACAGGGACGGGCGGCCCCAGGUGGUGCGUGUCGGGGGUGAGGAGAGCGAGGUCACCGUGUGGGGCCUGGAGCCGGGGCGCAAGUACAAGAUGCACCUGUACGGCCUGCACGGGGGGCGGCGCGUGGGCCCCGCGUCCACCCUGGGCCUGACAAAGAGGUGCUGCCAGUUAGCAGUCAUCGCUCCCCUCCCGCCAGCUCCAGCCACAGAGUCCCCCCAAGAGCCGCGCCUGGGGGAGCUGACGGUGACAGAUGUGACCCCGAGCUCCGUGGGCCUCUCGUGGACGGUUCCUGUGGGUGAAUUCGACUCCUUCGUGGUCCAGUACAAGGACAGGGACGGGCAGCCCCGGGUGGUGCCUGUGGCCGCAGACCAGCGCGCGGUCACUGUCCCCGGCCUGGAGCCCAACAGGAAGUACAGGUUCCUGCUCUUUGGGAUCCAGGAAGGGAAACGACGCAGCCCCGUUUCUGUGGAGGCAAAGACAGGUGAGAGGGACCCCCUGAAACUAGCCGAGGCCCCUCUUCACCCGCCUGGUCUCCUGUCCUGCCGCCAGAGGCAGCCACGGUGCAGCGGUGGCCGAUUCCCACCUCAGGCCCCUCCCUGGCCCUGGGAGCCCGGAGCCCUGGGGGGCAGUUGUCCCUCAGAGCGCUCAGCCCUGUUCUCUGUCCUCCCCCACCCAGCUCCCCUCCCGCCAGCUCCAGCCACAGAGUCCCCCCAAGAGCCGCGCCUGGGGGAGCUGACGGUGACAGAUGUGACCCCGAGCUCCGUGGGCCUCUCGUGGACGGUUCCUGUGGGUGAAUUCGACUCCUUCGUGGUCCAGUACAAGGACAGGGACGGGCAGCCCCGGGUGGUGCCUGUGGCCGCAGACCAGCGCGCGGUCACUGUCCCCGGCCUGGAGCCCAACAGGAAGUACAGGUUCCUGCUCUUUGGGAUCCAGGAAGGGAAACGACGCAGCCCCGUUUCUGUGGAGGCAAAGACAGGUGAGAGGGACCCCCUGAAACUAGCCGAGGCCCCUCUUCACCCGCCUGGUCUCCUGUCCUGCCGCCAGGCCCCCCUUUGUGCUCCUGUUUCACUGGACAAGCCCCCCACCCGCCCAGCUCCCCUCCCGCCAGCUCCAGCCACAGAGUCCCCCCAAGAGCCGCGCCUGGGGGAGCUGACGGUGACAGAUGUGACCCCGAGCUCCGUGGGCCUCUCGUGGACGGUUCCUGUGGGUGAAUUCGACUCCUUCGUGGUCCAGUACAAGGACAGGGACGGGCAGCCCCGGGUGGUGCCUGUGGCCGCAGACCAGCGCGCGGUCACUGUCCCCGGCCUGGAGCCCAACAGGAAGUACAGGUUCCUGCUCUUUGGGAUCCAGGAAGGGAAACGACGCAGCCCCGUUUCUGUGGAGGCAAAGACAGCUGCCCACAGUGAUGCCAGCCCGCAGGCCCCGCCCCGCCUCGGGGAGCUGUGGGUGACGGAGCCCACCCCGGACUCCCUGCGCCUCUCCUGGACGGUCCCCGAGGGCCACUUCGACUCCUUCGUGGUCCAGUUCAAGGACAGGGACGGGCCCCGGAUGGUGCCUGUGGGGGGCCACGAGCGCUCGGUCACCAUCACCCCCCUGGACAGCGGCCGCACAUACAGAUUUCUCCUCUACGGCCUCCUGGGCAAGAGACGCCACGGCCCCCUCAGCGCGGACGCCCCCAGAGCCGAGCCCCCUGCCGGCCCCCCCGUGAAGCCCCUGCUGGGGGAGCUGACGGUGACGGGAUCCUCCGCCUGCCAGUCUGAUCAGUGGGAAGAGCCGGGCAGCACGAGGAGUCAGAUGGCAGCAUCGGGGGCCCUUGCCCAGAGCUGCCUGGGGACAGAGCCCCUCCUGGUGCAAGUGGGCGGAGGCGCAGGCAGCGGGAUGGUGUGGGGGGAGGUGGGAGAACCGUCCUCUCUGCCAGCUGCCCACAGUGAUGCCAGCCCGCAGGCCCCGCCCCGCCUCGGGGAGCUGUGGGUGACGGAGCCCACCCCGGACUCCCUGCGCCUCUCCUGGACGGUCCCCGAGGGCCACUUCGACUCCUUCGUGGUCCAGUUCAAGGACAGGGACGGGCCCCGGAUGGUGCCUGUGGGGGGCCACGAGCGCUCGGUCACCAUCACCCCCCUGGACAGCGGCCGCACAUACAGAUUUCUCCUCUACGGCCUCCUGGGCAAGAGACGCCACGGCCCCCUCAGCGCGGACGGCCUCUCAGAGGCGCAGAGCGCUGGAACAAAGCGCCCCCCAAAGCCCCGUCUGGGGGAGGAGCUGCAGGUGACCAGCGUGACACCGGACUCCGUGGGCCUCGCAUGGACCGUCCCCGAGGGCCAGUUUGACUCCUUCGUGGUCCAGUACAAGGACAGGGAGGGGCGGCCCCAGGUGCUGCCUGUGGAGGGCGGCCUCAGGGAGGCCCGGGUCUGGGGCCUGGACGCCGCCCGCAGGUACAAGCUGCUGCUCUACGGGCUGCACCAGGGCAGGCGCGUGGGGCCCCUCUCGGCCUUCGCUGUGACAGCCCCCAGGGAGGACAACGGAGCUGAGACCACAGCCCCAAGCCCUCCAGAGUCAGAGCUCCAGCUCGGGGAGCUGACCGUGGCCGAGGCCACCCCGCACACCCUGCACCUGUCCUGGACGGUCACGGAGGGGGAACCGGACUCUUUCGAGGUCCAAUACACAGACCAGGAUGGGCAACUCCAAGUUGUCAGUUUAGGGGGCAACCAGAAUGACAUCACCCUCUCGGGCCUGGAACCCAACCACAGCUACCUGGUGAACGUGUACGCUGUCCGGGGCCCCCAGCGUCUGGGUCCCAUCCAGGUCAAGGCCCUGACAGCCCCAAGGGAAGAGGAGGAGGAACCGUCAGAACCUCCUACCACGACCCCUGAGCCUCCCGAGAAGCCCCUGCUGGGGGAGCUGACCGUGACGGGAUCCUCCCCGGACUCGCUGAGCCUCUCCUGGACCGUCCCCCAGGGCCAGUUUGACCACUUCCUGGUCCAGUACAAGAACGGGGACGGGCAGCCCAAGGCGGUCCGGGUGCCGGGACACGAGGACGGGGUCACCAUCUCGGGCCUGGAGCCGGACCACAAGUACAAGAUGCACCUGUAUGGCUUCCACGACGGCCAGCGCCAGGGCCCCGCCUCUGCCACCGGGGUGACAGCUGCAGAGGAGGAGACCCCCAGCCCCGCAGAACCCAGCACGGAGGCCCCCGAGCCCCCCGAGGAGCCCCUGCUGGGGGAGCUGACAGUGACGGGAUCCUCCCCGGACUCGCUGAGCCUGUCCUGGACCGUCCCCCGGGGCCACUUCGACGCCUUCACCGUCCAGUACAAGGACAGGGACGGGCGGCCCCAGGUGGUGCGUGUCGGGGGUGAGGAGAGCGAGGUCACCGUGCGGGGCCUGGAGCCGGGGCGCAAGUACAAGAUGCACCUGUACGGCCUGCACGGGGGGCGGCGCGUGGGCCCUGCGUCCACCCUGGGCCUGACCGGUCGUCCAGCUCCCGACUACGAAGCUGUGACCACCCAAGUCCCACCCACCACGACCCCUGAGCCCCGCGUGAAGCCCCUGCUGGGGGAGCUGACCGUGACGGGAUCCUCCCCGGACUCGCUGAGCCUCUCCUGGACCGUCCCCCAGGGCCAGUUUGACCACUUCCUGGUCCAGUACAAGAACGGGGACGGGCAGCCCAAGGCGGUCCGGGUGCCGGGACACGAGGACGGGGUCACCAUCUCGGGCCUGGAGCCGGACCACAAGUACAAGAUGCACCUGUAUGGCUUCCACGACGGCCAGCGCCAGGGCCCCGCCUCUGCCACCGGGGUGACAGCUGCAGAGGAGGAGACCCCCAGCCCCGCAGAACCCAGCACGGAGGCCCCCGAGCCCCCCGAGGAGCCCCUGCUGGGGGAGCUGACAGUGACGGGAUCCUCCCCGGACUCGCUGAGCCUGUCCUGGACCGUCCCCCGGGGCCACUUCGACGCCUUCACCGUCCAGUACAAGGACAGGGACGGGCGGCCCCAGGUGGUGCGUGUCGGGGGUGAGGAGAGCGAGGUCACCGUGCGGGGCCUGGAGCCGGGGCGCAAGUACAAGAUGCACCUGUACGGCCUGCACGGGGGGCGGCGCGUGGGCCCUGCGUCCACCCUGGGCCUGACCGGUCGUCCAGCUCCCGACUACGAAGCUGUGACCACCCAAGUCCCACCCACCACGACCCCUGAGCCCCGCGUGAAGCCCCUGCUGGGGGAGCUGACCGUGACGGGAUCCUCCCCGGACUCGCUGAGCCUCUCCUGGACCGUCCCCCAGGGCCAGUUUGACCACUUCCUGGUCCAGUACAAGAACGGGGACGGGCAGCCCAAGGCGGUCCGGGUGCCGGGACACGAGGACGGGGUCACCAUCUCGGGCCUGGAGCCGGACCACAAGUACAAGAUGCACCUGUAUGGCUUCCACGACGGCCAGCGCCAGGGCCCCGCCUCUGCCACCGGGGUGACAGGUGAGUGGGUGGUGGGAGCCCCGGUGGGACCUGCGGGAGAUGACACUCGUGAUGGCUUCCCAGACACAAAACCUCCGCGCCUGGGGGAGCUGACAGUGACAGGCGUGACCCCGGACUCCGUGGGCCUCUCGUGGACGGUCCCCCAGGGCAAGUUCGACUCCUUCAAGGUCCAGUACAAGGACAGACACGGGCAGCCCCGGGUGGUGUCCGUGGCCGCGGACCAGCGCGAGGCCACCAUCGGCGGCCUGGAGCCCCACCGGAAGUACAGGUUCCUGCUCUAUGGGCUGGCAGGCGGGAAGCAGCUGGGCCCCGUCACCGCUGAGGGCACCACAGGUGAGCCCAGCCCCGCUCCCACCUUCCCCAGAGCUGGCCCAGGCGCGGCAGUCCCAGCACCCAAAGCAAACCCUCGGGCCCCUGCCCUGCCCGGCCUGCUCUGGAAGCUCUUCUUCUGUCACCUUUUCUGUCAUUCUCCAUGCACCUCUCUCUCCUUUCCAGUCCCAGACACAAAACCUCCGCGCCUGGGGGAGCUGACAGUGACAGGCGUGACCCCGGACUCCGUGGGCCUCUCGUGGACGGUCCCCCAGGGCAAGUUCGACUCCUUCAAGGUCCAGUACAAGGACAGACACGGGCAGCCCCGGGUGGUGUCCGUGGCCGCGGACCAGCGCGAGGCCACCAUCGGCGGCCUGGAGCCCCACCGGAAGUACAGGUUCCUGCUCUAUGGGCUGGCAGGCGGGAAGCAGCUGGGCCCCGUCACCGCUGAGGGCACCACAGCCCCAGAGGACGCACCCACCCCCUGGCAAGCUGCCACAGGGGCCCCCGACACCCCCGGAGGGCCCCGCCUGGGGGAGCUGGCCGUGACCGACAGCACCCCGGACUCCCUGCGCCUCGCAUGGACGGUGGCCCGGGGCCCCUUCGACUCCUUCGUGGUGCAGUAUUGGGACGCGGACAGGCAGCCCCAGGCCUUGCUCGUGGGUGGGGACCAGCACGUGGUGCACGUGUCAGGCCUGGAGCCCAGCACCGCCUACAAGUUCUUCCUCUACGGCCUCCACGAAGGGAAGCGCCUGGGGCCCGUCUCCACGGAGGGCACCACAGGGUCAGCCCCUGCCGGGCAGACGCCAGGGGGGCCGGGGCCCCGGCUGUCCCAGCUGUCCGUGACUGACGUGACCACCAGUUCCCUGCGGCUCAACUGGGAGGCCCCCCCUGGGGCCUUCGACUCCUUCCUGCUCCGCUACGGGGUCCCGUCAGCAAGCACUCUGGAGCCGCAUCCGCGUCCCCUGCUGCAGCGGGAGGGGGAGCCUCGCCCCACGCCCUCACCCUCAUUACUCAUUACUCGGCACGUCUCGCCCUCAGUUCUGGAGAGCCCCCGGGACCUACAGUUCAGCGAAAUUGGGGAGACCUCAGCCAAGGUCAGCUGGACGCCCCCACCGUCCAGAGCCGACAGCUUCAAAGUGUCCUACCAGCUGGUGGACGGAGGGGAGCCACGGAGUGUGCAGGUGGGCGGCAGAGCCCGGACCCAGCAGCUCGGGGGGCUGGUCCCAGGCGCUCACUACGAGGUGACCGUGGUGUCCGUCCGAGGCUUCGAGGAGAGCGAGCCGCUCACCGGCUUCCUCACCACGGUUCCGGACGGCCCCACCCAGCUGCGUGCACUGAACUUGACGGAGGGAACCGCCAGGCUGCACUGGAAGCCGCCCCAGGCUCCGGUGGACACCUAUGCCGUCCGGGUCACAGCCCCAGGCGGUGAGCGGCCCGGNNNCGCUGUGGACUACCCCCUGCAGGGCCUGGAGCUCCACACCAACUACACAGCCACCGUGCAUGGCCUUCGGGGCCCCAACCUCACCUCUCCAGCCAGCAUCGUCUUCACCACUGGCUUGGAGGGCCCCCGGGACUUGGAGGCCAAAGAAGUGACCCCCCGCACGGCCCUGCUCACGUGGACUGAGCCCCAAGUCCUGCCCACUGGCUACCUGCUCACCUACGACAUCCCUGAUGGACAGACCCAGGAGAUCCUGCUCCCAGGAAGUGUCACCGCUCACCAGCUCCUGGGCCUCUUUCCCUCCACCACCUACAGAGCCUGGCUCCGGGCCAUGUGGGGCGAGGCCCUCACGCCACCCAUGUCCACCUCCUUCACCACUGGUGGACUGCAGGUCCCCUUUCCCCGGGACUGUGGGGAGGAGAUGCAGAACGGGGCGGGCACCUCCAGAACCACCACCAUCUUCCUCAAUGGAAACCGCGCGCGGCCACUGGACGUGUUUUGUGACAUGGAGACUGACGGGGGCGGCUGGCUGGUGUUCCAGCGCCGCAUGGAUGGACGCACGGACUUCUGGAGGGACUGGGAGGACUAUGCCCAUGGUUUUGGGAACAUCUCCGGGGAAUUCUGGCUGGGCAACGAGGCCCUGCACAGCCUGACCAGCCACGGGGACUACUCCAUGCGUGUGGACCUGCGGGCCGGGGACGAGGUGGCAUUCGCCCAGUACGACUCCUUCCGGGUAGACUCGGCUGCUGACUACUACCGCCUCCACCUGGAGGGCUACCACGGCACAGCAGGUGAGGGCUGGGCCCACUUGCUCAUCUCCUGCGCCGUCUCCUACCGAGGGGCCUGGUGGUACAGGAACUGCCACUACGCCAACCUCAAUGGGCUCUACGGGAGCACAGUGGACCACCAGGGCGUGAGCUGGUACCACUGGAAGGGCUUCGAGUUCUCCGUGCCGUUCACGGAGAUGAAGCUGAGACCCAGAGGCUAC